AGCUCCCUCUUCAACACAUGUGCGGGUCCAUGCGUCCACAGACGGCUGUCAGCACUUGCUGAAGAACAUCAGAAACAGGGCUGAGAUGUGGGUGCACAUAAUUGUGACCUCUGUACUUCUUCUGUCAGGAGUCGGGGCAAGUAAAUGGCUGGUGUAUUUCUCCAGGACGGACAUCUGCGUUUGGGCCGGGACCACGGUAACGCUGCCGUGCCGCUAUGAUUACCCCUCGCACUACAGCUCCACACGGGUCACAUGGUUUCACAUCUCUGCAGAAGGCAGACGGGAAAUCGCCUACCAUACUGAUGGGAAUCUGUUGAGCCCCUCGUACAGGGACAGGAUCAAAUACAUGGGGGGCCACAAAAGAUGCAGCUUGCAGAUCACGAACGCGAAGCUGAGCGAUGCAGGAACGUACCAUUUCAGAUUCGAGACCGACAACCAGCAGGGCCGAUGGACCUCUCCUGAUGCCAUCACACUGUCCGUCACAGAGCUUCAGGUUCAUGUACAUCCACCGAGAAUAGGCAACAUGUUUGCUGCUGGUGAGACGGUCUUUCUGAGCUGUGUGGCGCGAGGCUGUGCCGCCCCUGGCAGGAACUUUGCCCUUUAUCAGAAUGGGAUCAAUUUGGGUCAGUCCAACAAGCUGUCAGCCAUCUACAACUUUGACAGUCAGCAUGCAGGUACCUACACCUGCCGUCCAAUACCACCUCAAAACGUUCAGUCACCGGGAGUCACCCUGGCUCUUGGAUAUGCUCCUCGCUACACCACGAUACAGAUCACCCCCCGAGAGGCAGUCAGAGAGGGCGAUUCGGUGACUUUGACCUGCAGUAGUGAUGGAGCUCCGCCAGCAGAAAGUUUUGCCUGGUUUAAAGAAGGAGAGAGUGGCAGUGUGCCAGACAGCUUUAGACCUGAGCUGAGAUUGUGGAGUUUGGACUACAGGGACCAUGGAGAGUACUUCUGUGUGGCCCGUAACCCGCUCGGCACAGACCGGUCCAGACCGAUUUUACUGAAUGAGGAGCCGGAGGAGAUUUAUGAAAGCAGCCAACCUUCCAUCGUGCCCCUGAAAGAAGCUACUCAGAGCGCUGAGGAACAGGAAAAAAUCAACUACAUUACGGUGCAUUAUUCUCGCAUGCCCAGUCGGGAACAGGCGAAGGUCACAAACAUACCUCUAGAUGGAGAGAAGAAGCUCAAAGAUGGUCCUAAUGCUGUUUAUACUGUUCUUGCCAAGCAACCGAGAGAGGAGAUGGAAGAGUCUAAAGUCUAAAGCGGUCAACUGAUGGAAGAAAUUG